AUGGCGUCGGCGCGGGGGAACACAACGACAAGGGGCCUGCUGAGCAUCCUCCUCCUCACAGCACCGGCUCUCGCAAAAUACCAAAACAACUUUGACCUCUAUCCAGCAGCCGCCCAACCAUGCCUCUACGCCUCCUCGGACGCAAGCAAAUGCGACGGCGACACAGUCGCAACGAUGAACAAAUGCCUUUGCAGCGACGACAAGGGGAAAUUCGUCACAAACGCAGCGACCUGUCUAGGAAAGGAAGCAAAAGAUACCCUGCGCACAGUCUACCAGUCCAUGAGCACCGCCUGCUCAGACUCCAAGACACCGAUAUCCAUGACCGAAGACCAAUUCCUCAAUCUCGGCGCGACGGGCGCCACAGCAUCGCUAUCAGUAACUUUAUCCACAUCAAAGACCGCUACGCCCACUACAAUGAUGACCACCACCACAGGCGGAGCGACCGUAACGUUAACAACCACACCAACGCCCACGACAUCGACCGCACCACAGGAAGAUAAGGGCCUAAGCACAACCGCCAAAAUCGGUGUCGGCGUCGGCGCCGGCGCAGGAGCCAUUGCCCUCGUCUGCCUCGCCGCCUUCAUCUGGCGCAUCAAGCGAAGCCGCGACGCCCACGACGAGUCCCACCGCCCGAUGCUCGGCGGCGGCAUCGGUGCCACGGGCCACAACAACCCACAACACGGGCCCUUUACCGAAUACAGCCCGCCCGCGAGCGUCGCCGGCGCCGGGGCGGGCUGGAGACCCGUCUCCGAGAUCACAGCUACGAGUCCUGAUGGACAAACGUGGGCGACGAAUUCUCCGCAGCCGCCGUAUGCGCAUCUUCAACCGCAGCAGGGGGCAAGCUUGGGUGUUUGGGGCCAUCACCCGCAAGCUGCGUAUGUUGCUCCACCGCAGGAACCUGCUCAGCAGGAGGGCGUUUUCGAGUUGGCUUCGAUACCUGUGACGUCGCAGCCUCCUUCGCAUGUGCCGCAACCGCCGCCUGGUGCUGUUGAGAUGCCGGCGACGGAGGUGCAGCCGCAGCCUGCGCGGUAUCAAUAUCCUUCACAGAGGCAGUAA